CAGGAAUUAUGAUCGAAACUUCAACACCAUGGCGCCACUUUUUAUUAGUGGUCUGUGAUAGAUUUCUCCUUUAUAUUUGUAGUGGGCAAAUUUAUUAAGGACACUCGCCCCUACAUCGAUCACUAAUAGGAAUGCAAAAACUAACCUAUAAAGGCAGAAUUGUGUGUCUCUACACGUUAUUUGUUUUUCUUCAAUCAACUUUUGAACAUUCGAUAUUUCCGAAAAUGUCAGAUGAAGAAAUGGACGUUUCUAGCGAUAGAGAUAAUGAACAAACAGGCGAAACCUCGGAAGAAGUUUCAGAAAAAGAAAGAGAGGUAUAUUUACCUACGCGAAGUUUACAAGAGGGUGAAGAGCUAGUAUGUGAUCAAAGCGCCUACGUAAUGUACCACCAAGCUCGGACGAGCUCUCCGUGUUUGAGUUUUGAUAUCGUAAGAGACAGUCUAGGCGAAAAUCGGGAAACGUUUCCUCUGUCAGCAUACAUUGUUGCCGGAACUCAGGCUCGACAAACUCACCUAAAUAACAUAAUUGUUAUGAAGCUUUCAAAUCUUCACAAGACAAGUGGAAACGAGGAUGAAGACAACUCGGACGAUGACAAGUCUGAUGACGACGAAGAUGAAGAAAAUAAUCCUAAAAUGUCCGGGGCUCUUGUAAAACACCACGGGUGUGUUAACAGGAUUAGGAGCAAUAUUGUUAACAAUGUGGUCUUGGCAGCUUCGUGGAGUGAACUGGGGAAAGUGAAUAUAUGGAGCUUGAUGCCCCAAUUGCAAGCGGUUGAUUCUGAUCAAUUGCUGCAUCAAUAUAACAAAGAAAGUAAAGCUCAAUCAACAGUACCCAUUUUUACAUUCACCGGCCACCAGAAGGAGGGUUUUGCCCUGGAUUGGUGCCAAACCGUGCCCGGUGUUCUGGCAACUGGCGACUGCAAGAAGGAUAUCCAUAUAUGGCACCCUUCAGAAGCUUCGAAAUGGAAAGUCGAUCAGAGGCCCUUAAUAGGUCACACUGACUCUGUGGAAGACUUGCAGUGGUCACCGAAUGAGAGAAAUGUGUUGGCCAGCUGCUCCGUAGAUAAAAGUAUACGAAUUUGGGACACGAGAGCGAACCCAGCCAAAGCUUGCAUGAUCACUUGCGACAACGCACACAAGAACGAUGUAAAUGUGAUCAGUUGGAAUAAAAAUGAACCCUUUAUUGUGAGCGGCGGUGAUGACGGGUUCCUUCACAUAUGGGAUUUGAGGAAAAUCAAGGAAAAGGUCGCCCUGGCCACGUUUAAACACCACACCGAGGCUGUAACCUCCGUGGAAUGGCAUCCCACAGAUUCGGCUGUGUUUGCUUCUGGAGGCGAGGAUAACCAAAUCGCUUUGUGGGACCUGUCUGUGGAGAAGGACUCCGAAGUGAACGCCGAAGAAAUAGAGGGCAUUCCGCCGCAACUUUUGUUCAUCCAUCAAGGGCAGAACAACAUCAAAGAGCUUCACUGGCACCCCCAACUACCAGGAGUGAUAAUUAGCACGGCGGAGAGUGGGUUUAAUAUAUUCCGAACCAUUAGUGUUUAA